AUGCCGCUCAACACCCUCCGACUCAACCACCAGAAAUCAAGCCACCCCAACGACCGAAUCGUAUUCAUCAAGCCCCUUCCCCGCCCGGCCUCUGACCAAGCCUCCUACGACCUCGCAGACACAUAUCUCCGGGCGAUCGCCGCGCAAUGCCUACCGAUCAUGAAGAAGCACUACCUCUCAGUGACGACGCUGGAAGAAUACGAACCGAACCGCGAAUUCAUCGGCCGCAACUUCAACAACGGCGAGAUCAUCCAGCUCGUCCUGCAGAGCAAGAACGGCGGCUGGAUCCCCUUCAACAUGGUCCAGAUGGUCAUGAUGCACGAACUGGCGCAUAACGCGCACAUGAACCACGGCCGGGAUUUCUGGAAAACGAGGAACAUGUACGCCGAGGAACUGAAGGCGUUGUGGACCAGGGGGUAUACGGGUGAAGGGUUCUGGGGCAGUGGGAGGACGCUGAGCGAGAUGGGCGCUGUUAUGGGUAAUAAUGUUUUGGGGAGUGAUCAGCUGCAAGGGCUGCCGUUGUGUGGUGGUACGUUUCGGAGUCGGAGACGGAAAAGACAGAGGAAGGGUGCGAACGGAAACGCCAACGAUUUGACGUGGAAGGAGAAGCGCGAUCGUCGCAUCGAGAAGAAAUUCGGCAAGAAUGGCGUCGCGCUCGGCGAGGAUGAGGACCAGCGUCUUCGGUUGGAGUUCAGUCGCAGGGGCCCUGUUGGGACGAAACCCCGUGUCGCGCAGAGUAAGCGCGGAAGAGAGCUGCGGGCGGCUGCUGCGUUGGCGAGGUUUGAGACGAACAAAAAGGUUGAGAAUGCAGUGAAAGGAGAAGAGAUGGAAGAAGAAGAGGAGGAGUAUGAGGAGGUCGAUGUUGAUGCGGGCGAGGAAGAUGCAAGGGAUGUCAAUGGCGUCAAACUCCUGGAUAGCCAUGGGCAUGGGAUGGUGCGGGUAUGUGAUGACGAAGAUGUGGAUGAUGUUAAUGUCCAGCACGAGCUGCAAGAGUUGGGCGCUUUGGAUCGCUAUUUCAAACCGAUGCAGAAACAACAGACACGGCCACGGCGACAGCCACAGCCACAGCACGGUGAUGGUAAGGGUAAUGGUGAUGACGACGGUAGCGGCGAUGUUGAUGGUGACGGUGAUGGGUCAAACCCACAGUCUUACACAGUUGAUGCGGAACCGAAAUCAACUGGAUCUGCUACCAAUGCAUCAAACUCAGCAGAUACUGCCGGAAACAACUCAAAGACGGACAGAAGGUCUAGGAGGACGACGAAGCAAGACAAGUCUUCCAAUAUCGUAACGCCGUCAGAACAGCCGUCAACACAUCCAUCCCAAGAUGACCAUACACCACAAGACCCGACAUCCCCAUACCUCCCAUCGACUUGUACCACCAGCAAAUCUAGCACUUCACCGACUCUACAGCCCCGUCCAGCUUCGACGACUACUCCAGCCUCCAAAGCAGAACCUACCACCACCAUAACCGUCGCAGACUCUCCUCCAUUGACGCCCUCCCUAGCGGCAGCAGACACUACACUCACAACGAGCAGAAUCAUGACAGAGAAAACACCUGUGACGACCAGUGCAGCAAAAACACGAACACUUCACUUAACAUCCGCCGCCACCACCACCACCACCUCCUCCUCCUCCUCCUCCUCCUCCUCCUCCACCGCAACGACGUCUCCCGCCACGAUUUCCUGUCCAAUCUGCUCCCUGAAAAGCUCUCGUCUAACCGCCACUUGCACAGCAUGUUCCCACGUGCUAGACCCCAACAAAGACCCACGAAACUGGUCAUGUCGCAGCGAGACGUGCAGAGCGAGGAGCGCGCCUCGAUACUUGAAUUCCGGAGAUGCGGGCGUCUGUGGGAUUUGUGGUGCAAAACGGGGACAAGAUUGA